GCGGCCUCUGCCUUUGGGGGCGGGACAAGGCCAAGAGUGAGACUUCUGAUUGGGUCUGCUGGGCAAGGCGGAUAUUCGAUUGGUCAAGCCUUGGAGGGAGGUGGGGCCGCAGCUGGGUCCUGGAGCAGAGCCGAAGAGCCCUGGGGUGUCUCAAAGUUUGUGUCUGGAGCGGUAGCGGCAAGUGGGCUUGCGGCUAAGGGAUUUUCCUGGGAUGAGAGCGGCUCUUCUGCCUUCAUUUUGGAUGCACAUCCCGCUUUAGCCCCGGCAGCCUUUGGUCCGGCUCGUGUCCCUGGGGAUUCUCGGAUCUCCGAGGACACCGGACGGGAGCGCUUGGCCAUCCUCUCUCCGGCGGAGGAGCAGACGUUUGCUUUCCAAGUGCAAAACUACACACACGCACGCACACGCGGAGAGAGAGGAACCUUGCCGGUCCGAGGCAGCUCUGCGCGUCCCCUCCUGCGCUUAGCAUCCUCGGCCCAGCGCGGCCCGCACCGCCAUGGAGGUGCUGGAGAGCGGGGAGCAGGGCGUGCUGCAGUGGGACCGCAAGCUGAGCGAGCUGUCAGAGCCCGGGGACGGCGAGGCCCUCAUGUACCACACGCACUUCUCAGAACUUCUGGAUGAGUUUUCCCAGAACGUCUUGGGUCAGCUCCUGAAUGACCCUUUCCUCUCAGAGAAGAGUGUGUCAAUGGAGGUGGAACCUUCCCCGACGUCCCCGGCGCCUCUCAUCCAGGCUGAGCACAGCUACUCCCUGUGCGAGGAGCCUCGGGCCCAGUCGCCCUUCACGCACAUUACCACCAGUGACAGCUUCAAUGACGAUGAGGUGGAAAGUGAGAAAUGGUACCUGUCUACAGACUUCCCUUCAACGACCAUCAAGACAGAGCCAAUUACAGACGAACCACCCCCAGGACUGGUUCCGUCUGUCACUCUGACCAUCACAGCCAUCUCCACCCCAUUUGAAAAGGAGGAACCUCCUCUGGAAAUGAAUACUGGGGUUGAUUCCUCGUGCCAGACCAUUAUUCCUAAAAUUAAGCUGGAGCCUCAUGAAGUGGAUCAGUUUCUAAACUUCUCUCCUAAAGAAGCCCCAGUGGACCACCUGCAUUUGCCACCCACCCCCCCGAGCAGUCACGGCAGUGACUCAGAGGGCAGCCUGAGUCCCAACCCACGCCUGAACCCCUUCAGCCUGCCUCAGACCCACAGCCCCUCCAGAGCUGCACCCCGGGCCCCCUCCGCCCUCUCCAGCUCCCCUCUCCUCACGGCUCCUCAUAAACUGCAGGGAUCAGGCCCUCUGGUCCUGACAGAGGAGGAGAAGAGGACCCUGAUCGCUGAGGGCUAUCCCAUCCCCACCAAAUUGCCCCUGUCAAAAUCAGAGGAGAAGGCCCUGAAGAAAAUUCGGAGGAAGAUCAAGAAUAAGAUUUCUGCCCAGGAAAGUAGGAGAAAGAAGAAGGAAUACAUGGACAGCCUGGAGAAAAAAGUGGAGUCUUGUUCAACUGAGAACUUGGAGCUUCGGAAGAAGGUAGAGGUUCUAGAGAACACUAAUAGGACUCUCCUUCAGCAACUCCAGAAGCUUCAGACUUUGGUGAUGGGCAAGGUUUCUCGAACCUGCAAGUUAGCCGGCACGCAGACUGGCACCUGCCUCAUGGUUGUGGUGCUGUGCUUUGCCGUUGCAUUCGGCAGCUUCUUUCAAGGCUACGGGCCCUAUCCUUCUGCCACCAAGAUGGCUCUGCCCAGCCAGCAUUCCCUGCAGGAGCCCUACACAGCCUCCGUGGUGAGAUCCAGGAACCUGCUGAUCUACGAGGAACAUUCUCCCCCAGAGGAGCCGUCCAGCCCGGGCUCCGCUGGGGAGCUGGGGGGCUGGGAUAGAGGUUCCUCCCUGCUCAGGGUGUCAGGGCUGGAGUCCAGGCCGGAUGUGGAUCUUCCCCAUUUCAUUAUCUCGAAUGAGACCAGCCUGGAGAAGUCAGUGCUUUUGGAGCUGCAGCAGCACCUGGUCAGCGCCAAACUGGAGGGGAAUGAAACACUAAAAGUUGUAGAACUCGACAGAAGAGUGAACACCACUUUCUAAAGAGGCUGCCUGCACCCCCUCCCUUUCCCUUAACUCUACUUUUACAUCCCCAAACUACCUUUGUCAUCAGCUUUUCCUCUUUGCCACUGGAUCUUCAUGAAGACGUGGGCAAGCAUUAGUGGCUUCAGAUGGGAGGCCAGCCUGGGACUUCCCUGCAGUGAGAGAGCAUCUCCCCGUGGUCCACGCCCCUCCUGUGCAGAAGGGAGCCUGCAUCCCUCCCUUCCUUUCUCUUACUGCCAUAGGAAAUUAUUUUAGGGGUUGGAGGUGGGACAAGCAGGCUUGUUUCCACCAAUAGUGCCAAAAAGAUACUGCCUAAUGUGCACCUGUGAGGUGUAACCCCCCCUUUGGAGACGAGAUGGCUCUUGUUCAGUCAAGACCCCAGACUCUGGCCACAAAAAUGCCAUGAUGCCUGUUGGUAUUUGGCAAAGCACUGACCCAUGUCCUCCCUUGCUCGCACUGGGGUCUCUGGUGUGAACACCCCCGACAGCAGCCCUCCGCCCACUCUGCCCCUUGGGAGCCCUCGCUGGAUCGUCUCGUCUCCUGCACCAGCACUGGCAGGCGAGGGCUCUCGUUCAUAUUCUCAGGCCGCAAGUGCAAUGCCUGAGGGGAUCAGGCUUUUCUACUCCAGGCAAACCUGCCCCAUCUUGUCGCUUUUAGGACCUCCCGCAACCUGGUUCCCCACACAUCCAUAGUUCUGCCUCCCUGGCUUCUCCUCCCCACUUGUAAAUAGUAUUUAUUAGCUUGCCGAGGCUUCCUGCUAGCAACCACACUGAAGAGAUCGAUGCCUCCUUUUAAGCUAGCCAAGUUUUCUGCGAGCCUUCAGAGCUAGGAGGGCACCCUAGGCUCUGGGAUCCCCUGUCUUUCCAGACAAUGUUUUGUUUCCUUUCUUUUGUUUUUUCUUUUAACUGGAAUAAUUACCAUUGAAAAAGAGGUUCCCUUGAGCAUGUAUGUGUCUGCCUCUAGGAUGAGCUCAGAGCAAGAGAUGGCACAAUGCCUCACUCAGGCCCGGGGUUCCCUGGCCACAAGCUUUUUCUAUCCUGUUUUCAUGACAGAGAAGGGAAGCCCUGUUCCUGACAACAGACAUUUCAGACAACCUUGCUGGCUUUCCACACCUGCAUGGCCCCCUCCUCCCUCCACACUUCCACUUUGUCCUCCUCGUCCCCUGCCUCAACAAAGCACGGUGGGGUAGGCGACAUUUGUGUAUCCACAUUCUUACCUUUGAUAGUCAGGUUUGGCUACUUUGCAGCUCGCCCAAAGAGAUACAACCUAACCCCCAACCUACUUUUAGUUUUUUUUUUUGUUUAUUUUUAUGGUUAAAAGUAACUUUUGUAGUUUAAAAAAAUCUUUCCUCUUUCAUAUAAAUAAGAAGUGGAAAUUGCCUUUUUAUUGUGUAAUGUAGAAAACCCUCAAGUGUUUUUUCCGAGCUUGGGAAAGAUUUUGUGUAGGAAAUAUGCAUAGAGUUUGUAUUUUAUUUUUAUUAGCAGCUGAAAUGCCUUUGUUUUUGGCUUCUCUCUCUCUCUCUCUCUGUCUCUCCUUCUCUCUGUCCCCCCCCCCCCCCACCCACACACACGUCAUCUGCAUUGUUAUUGGAGCCUGUACUUAGAGGGAUUAAGCCCACACCCUGGCUUCCAUUCCAUAUCAGGUACAGGAUUUGAUGUUAUUAACAUUUGUCGUCAUACCUCAUAAGCCGGUCCCUGCCUUGUCUGUCUAGGCCCAUUUGGGGCUCCCUGUGAGUGAUUCCCCUCUCUCUGCUAUGCUGGAGAUGGUUCCAGCCUGGAAAGCCGCCAAGUUCAUCUUCUCGCUGUGAGUGGAAGCUGGAUUGGGCCCCCGUAGUCCUGGCAGCCCUGUUGUCUGGAGGGUUCUUGUUGUCCCUCACAUUAGCCAGGGCGGAGACUGUCUGGGCUGUGCAGGAGGAGGGUUGCUAGCAGGUUCUGCUUCUGCUUCUCUCUGCUCCACUGUCUGCAGCCCAGAUCCUGUUGGGCCUGGCUGGUAUCUGGUGACCAUGGGCCUCCACUGAUCCAUCCCUCUCUUUUAAACUGUCAGGUCAUUGUCAGGCAUAGGCAGCCUAUAGGGCCCAAAGAAGGCAAAAAGAUAAGAUUUACUUAAGUAGCAUUUGGGCAAUGAGGAAGGAAAGGUUUCAAAUUUAAGGGCAGAAGUGAGAGAAUGAGCCAGCCCACGUACCUGCUGCAACUGAACCAGACUGGGUUUUCAAGGCUCCCAGACGUAGAGUAGGAAACGUGCUCUUCUAAAUGAGGAGGGGGAAGAUAAAGGAAACUUCUAGCCCCUGUCCUUAGUGCUUUGAGGAUUUUAUUUUCUCCCUUACUACCCUUGCUUGACAUCACUCUCUCUAGACCUCCAAACAGCAGAACUCUUGGGAAACUGUCCUUCCAAAACGGAAUCUAUGUAGAAAAUGGGACAUUAGGCAGAGAGCUCAGAUGGCCCUUUUAAGGGGGCUCCAAGAACCAACAUCACUGCUCUUUUAGAUAAACCUCUGCCCUCUACUCCUUGCUUGAGUGAGUUAAAGGAACUAACAGUUGUCCCUUUAGGAGGACAAAAUGGGGUCAAGAGGACACAGAAGAGUUGUAUAGCACCAGAUUGGUUCCAGAUAAUUAAUGGAUGUGUGCACAUUUUCUGUUCAGGGAUUAAGAGCAGAAUAUCAGUGGAUUUGUUUUCCCCACCAAGUGGCCUCUUCGACUAGUCAUUAACUUGUGGUUAGCUCUAAAGAUUUCAAAUAGUGGCAGACAUUGUCUUCUGAAUGUAAGUUUUGAGAAAUACGAGUCUGUCAGAGCGACCAUAAGCCAUAAAGAGUCAAUCUCUUAAUUAUAUUUUUCAUCAUGUAAACAAGUUUCCCAUUUCCCUUUCUUAGAUUGCACCAGUGAAGGAGAUGUUUCACAAAGAUUCAGAGAACUAAUUUUUCACUGGAUAAGACCUGAGUAACCCAGACCCCUACUGUGGUUCUUUUCACAGCCCUCGACUUUGCACUUAAAAAGGGAUAUUGUAAAUGAAAGGCUGCAGUGCCAGUUUUAAGAAAGAAUUUCUGUGAAGUGUGAGGACUCUGGAGUCUAGCUCACAUAAAGAGAGUGUUAUAUAAAAAUCCGACAGCUGAACUAGGUUGCUCUUUUUUGGCAGGGAGUGGGGAUGAGAUUUGACACCAAUAUGGGCCAAAUUAGAUAACCUUUUGGUUAAUAUAAAUGAUUUUGAUUUGGAGGCCUAAUUUGUAGAUUGUGAAAGCAGCUUUUAGUUCAACUUAUUCACAGACCCCUUAUAAUUACCAUGUUUUUUUUUUCUUCCUAAAUCAGUUCAGCUUGUGAAUCUUACGUGCCCAUAAAGUUGGGAUGUUGAAUUGGCUCUUCUUUGUUCUGGCAGUGAGUCAGUGUCCAGCAUUUUUUCACAAGUGUUUUAUUAAAAUUGUUCUCCAGCAUUUUAUGGCUCCUCCCUCCCAUGUCCUCAGACCCAGCAAAAGCGUAGAGGCAGAAUCAGAGGCCUCUCCAGGCCAGCUCCUCUGCACACAUGUCAUACGAGGUGUGAAUUUGAGCACAGUCCAGAAAUGGAGACAUCCCACCCCCAGUUGAAUAAUGGCCCAUUCAUGCCAACCUUGCCAACACGGAGAGGGCAGAGAUGCACUAGAAGACCUUCAUCCUCCCCUUCAUCUGUCCCAAGUCACUACCGUUGGUUCUGCUGAAGCCAGUCUUUAAGAAACCUGGGUUAAAGACACCAGCACUUCUGCUCGUUGGGCUGGCUGGGCCUGUGAAGCCGUGGGCAGGUAGUGCCCUCUUGAGAGUCAUUUUAUUUGGCCACCUUCAGCUGAGACUAUCCAUAGACACAUGCUAGGAUAGGCCCCGCUGGGAGGGCAGUUACAGGAGAGAGUAGGUGGUGACGUGAGGGCUGUGAAGGAUCCAGAGACAAGACUUAGAUGUUUCGUUCAUUCACUCAUUCAUUCAGUUACUCCUAAGACUUUUCAGUUUCAUAAGGAAGAGUGUUACCUGAGGCCCUAGGGAAUAUUGGGGAAUAGAAGGGAUUGAGGAAACAUUAAUAGUAGUUACUCAAAAGACCCAAAUGCUUAUACUUCUCUCUCCCUUCUUCUCUCUCUGACACACACACAUACACACACACACACACGCACACGCACACGCACAUUCCUCCCUUACAUGCUCAUUUGUGCCUUAAACAUACCUUAUAUAUAAAUCCAGGAUGACUGAGGAAUCCCUCGUCGCUGGGAGAUUUUGUGUAUAUUCUUUUAUUAUUAGAUUGAGGUGGGUGUGGGGGAAAGAAUUUUUUUCCAAAGGCUCAAAAGUGGUUUCCUAAAAGUGAGCCACUAUCAGAUUUGCACAUCAGGAGAAAAGAAAUAGGGUUAUGUCCAUUAGGAAAAUCCCAGUUUGCAGGAGUGCAAUCACAUCAAAAACACAACCAGCCAGGAUUAAAGGUAUUAUAAAUCCUCAUAGCAGAACAUUUCUCAGGGCAAAGGAACCUGGCCCAUGUGAAGAUUAAUGUUCCAUGCCUUUAUGGUCAAAGGGUCAGCACUUACCACAGGAAAAAACUAGGUGUUGUUUUGUUUUGUUAUUUUGGACAACGUAAAAUUCAGGAAUGUUUUAUUUAGCCUUGGUUUCUAGAAGGAAGGGAAAUAAUAUUUCUUGAGCAUUUACUAGGGUGUUGAGUGCUGUGCUAAGUAAGUUUUAAGUCUUUCAGUUUUGUAGAUACAGAAAACAAGGGUGACUCUUUACCACAGGAUGAAUAAAGAACUAAGUAAUAUGGGAAAUGCAACAAUUUCUGGACUAGCUGAGCCGAUUCCUUGCUGUGAGCACACUGUAAGCUUUCAAGUUCUCUGGGCAGGAAUUACAGCACCUGUCCCCUGCAAUGACCCUGCUGUGCGAUGCUCAUCGCUUCCCUUCAUGCUGGAACAGCCCCCCAGGUGUCCAUCUCCUAUCUUUUUGUUCCAAUCUUCUGUGAGUUCCAGCUAGCAGGCUUUACAUCUGGGGAAAGGAAAACCAGGGGUUUUAGCUCUGUUCUCUGCUCCCAUCCUUUGCUCACGAGCUGAGUGAGAACAUGAACUUUUUGCACCAUGUACCCAUGGCUUAUACUACUUAGAAAAUCACCUUUUCAAAUAAAACACUUUAUGAGUUCAUAGAGAACACCAGCACUCUUUGACAAAACUGUGAGUGACCCUUUUUAAACAAUGCUGAGCAGACCCUGGGCUAUAAUCAACGGUGAGCUUUAAUGUCUAUGCUGACAGUUAGGUUUUGCUCUCUUUUGUAACAGGUUACGUAGACCAGCAGUGUUUAAAUCUAAAUACGUUGUGAGGCUGUUAUCUGUCCUAUCGCGUUUUUUAAAUGACUUUUUAUUCUUUAUCAUUGCUAAGUAAAUACCAAAAAAAAAAAAAAAAAGCUUUGUAGGACACUUGUACUUAGUUUGGGAAAAAAAAUAAAUUGAAAUUGUUAUGCUUUUGUAUUUCCAUUUCUUGCAAAUAAAUAUUUUUUCUUAAAUAGUAA